AUGGCUGAUCAAAAUGAUGAAAUUGUAUCUCGUCUUCGAGGAAUCUCCUCGGACGAAAAAAGUGAAAUGGGAAAAAUGAAAUGUCGUAUUGAUGAUCAAGCUCGUCUUAUAAUGAUGUUAAAAAAACGAAAUGAUGAAUAUAUCUUAGCUAAUAUGAAUUUAGAUAAACAUUCAAUUGAAUUAGAAAAUCAAAUUGAAGAAUUACGUGAAGAAUUAAAUGAACAACAAAAUUUCAAAGAUAAAAUGGAAGAAUUAACAUUAACUAUUGAACAAUUAAAAACAUUAAAUUAUCAAUGGGAAUUAAAAGAACAACAAACAAAACAAAGAUUUUUAUUUCAAAAUGAACAAUCAAAUAAAUAUCAACAAGAUAUUUUAACAUUUGAACAAAAAAUUAAAGUAUUAGAAGAUUUAUUAAAAGAAUCAAAAGAAAAUUGUAUUGAAAUGGAAAAUAAUUCAAAGAAAAAAUUAAAUGAAAAACAACUAAUUAUUGAUAAACAAAAUAAUCAAAUUGAACAAAUUCAAUUACAAAUUCAAAAUUUAAAAAAACAAAUUGAAGAUAAAGAAAAAAAUAUUGAAGAAAUAAAACAAAAUCAUUUAAAUGAUUUUGAUCAAUUACAAAAAACUAAACAAUUAUUAGAGGAACAAAUUAAAAAACUUCAAAAACGUCUUCAAGAAAAUUCAAAUAAUGAAGAUAAACUUCGUCAACAAUUAAAUAAAAGUCAACAAUUAUUAAAUGAUGCAAAUCAACGAUUUAUUAAUGAAGAAGAACGUGUUAAUUCAGAUAUUCGUGUUAAACAAAUUGAAGCAAAAUUUGUUGAAAGUCAACAAAAAAUGGAAACAAUUCAACAAGAAUUUUUUGCAUAUAAAAAUUAUACCGCAUCAUUAUUGAGUAAAGAAAAACAAUUAAAUGAAAGAUUACAACUUUUAUUAAGUGGACGAACAACAUAA